ACAGCUACUGAGAAUGGAAUUAGAGCUAGCAAUGUAAAUUCUGCUUUCAUAGUGUACAUGGAGAUCAAGAUGUCUGCAGUCUUGUUGCGGAAUGGAGAGAUUCAUAAUGCAUCAAGUCAAGUAAGGUUUUUAAGCGUCACUCAUUGUGUCUACUUGAAGAGGUUUGUUGAUUGCUAUUCUAGUAUGGCAGAUGCCAUGGAUGAAUUUAUAACUAUUGUCAAUAAUGGAUGCCCAAAAAUUUAAGGUUUGUAUUCAUGAUUGUACUCAAUCUACAACUGAAAACUUAUUGCAUCUAUUCAGAAGUUUGUGCCUAUGCCUAGGUAGACCUGCCUUUGAUGACAAAAAGCAACAAAGCCACCAGCCUAACACCAUAUCUUAAUGAUUCAUACCUUGUAAACUUGAUUGUGGCUGCUCAUAAGCACCUGUUUGUUAUAGAUAGUCGCAAAUGACAAUGAUGCGUGUGUGAUUCAAUUCUUAGAUUUUUGGAGUAGUACAAACAUGAGUCACACUCUCAGGGAUCUUGCUUGCAGCUUGUUAGGGGUACAAUGACUUAAAAGCUGUUCAACUUUUUUUGGCUCUCCAAUGGCCAGUUAGUAGCUAUGCAUUUAACUCUUUAUCACAUGGUUAUUUUCCAAUGCUGUUGCUCUAAUAUAAGUCCGCCUAUGAGAGCCAUUUGGUAUUCACCGCCGGUGAGUGUCACUUUGUGGCAUUCACUGCCGGUCUCAAGCCCCGAUAAAGGAGGAGAGCUGUGGUAUGUCUGUGGCAUUCACUUAGUCACAUCUUAUGGACAUGAAUCAAAAUUUGGAUAUCGUUGUUGUUGCACUUGCUCUAAUAUGGGUUAAUGCCACAAAAGCCCGGAGCAUAUCUAAGCUUGCAGUAAGAGUUAAAUGCCCAAAUAAAAGCUAGCAAUUGGCAAGGACAAAAAUGAGUAGCUUGCAAUAUGUUGUAGUUUAAACAAGCUAUUGGAAAGGAACACAAGCAUCACUUAGUGUGUAUGACUUGUGUACUGCAAAGUUCAUAUCUACAAACCAAGUAGCACUUUGUUUAGUGAUAAGGACUGUGAGAAUAAGGUAAAUUGGGAAGUAGGACAAUAUUUAUACGAGUUAAAUUUUAGGACAACGUUUAACAAAAUGAUGGCUACAUACAUGAUACAAAUGCUUUUAUCCCCAAUCGAGUCACACCCUAAAUGACUUUUCAGUAUCCUGUGUUUGAGAGCUAGCGGCUGCUAGCGUUCUCUAGUCAGCUUCAUUGAAACUAUCUUUAUGGACAAAUUAACAAUUAGACUACAAAUAAAAAAGGAUGUAGAAAGGUACACUAUGGAAUCUUUUAGUAAACAAUUUGAUAUGGUACAAAAAAUUCAACAAGGCUCCAAAAAAAAAAAAAAAAAAAAGAGAGAAAAAUAUGAUUUGUUCUUGUAAGCUGAAUCAAAUUGACUAAUUGGUGAUAAGUCUAACAACUCCAUUAUAUAAACCUGAAACUGAAACAUAGUAGUCUUCUACUACAAACAGAAAAUGGAGUCAUCAAGCGAGACAGUAGACAAGUAUCGUUCUUUCAUGUAUGGAGAAGGUGAGAAGAACACCACAUGGGUGUUUGGAGCUCCUCCUAAUUUCGAUGUCGUCGACAAAUUCUUUGAAGAAGGCAGGACUAAGAUAUGGCCGGCUGGUUCACUCGAAGAGAAAGUGCAAAAUCUUGUGAAGACAAUGGAAAUGGAACUCUUCCAUAAGGUCAAUCCCCAAGACCAUAAAUCCUUGGAUGCUUCCAAAUAUACAUUUAGCGUUAAUGGAAGGAAGCCGCUAACAUUGAAGGAAUUAGGCGAAAUGGGUGGAGGAUAUAAUGGGUUUCUACAAACUUCAUUACCAGAGGAGUUACGCUUGUAUGACCCAACAAAGGAGACAAGAGAAUCAGCUCACCAUCUCUUCAGAACUACAUUCCCUCGAGGGUUCGCCUUUGAGAUCCUCCAAGUCUACUCGGGUCCACCGGUGAUUGCUUAUAAGUUUAGGCAUUGGGCUUACAUGGAAGGUCCUUUCAAAGGCCACCCUCCUACUGGAGAACUAGUUGAGUUAUUUGGGUGUGCUAUUUUUGAGGUGGAUGAGCAGAUGAGGAUAAUCAAAGUUGAGUUCUUUUAUGAUCGCGGUGAGCUGCUUAGUGCUCUUACGAAGGGUACAAAAGUGGAAGAUUCUGCUGCUGAUAUGAAGAUGGGUUGCCCUUUCUUAAGUAAAACAGGUUAAAAAAAAAUUGAUGCAGCUGAAUAAAAUCAAGACAGGAAUAUGUCAGUGACAAAAUAAAACCCUUUUAUAGGGUUAUUUUCUUUGUUAUUUCUUUGUACAAUAAUUGAAAAAGCAGCAAAAGAUGCAUUUCUGCUACUAUGUUAACAACUUAUUUCAAUCAGUGUUGUAUUUUCCAUUCUUACUGAUGUUUUAGUUUGAAAAAGAA